AUGCCUGAAGUUAAACCUGUGAAAUUCGUCUUAUCAGCAUCCCAAGUAACUUCACCUUGGUUAUUAGAAUCAUAUUCAGAUUGGAUGAAAUUUCUGAGGAUUUCAGCUCUUGUUAUGCGGUUUAUCUCAAAUUGUCGGACGAUGGCAAAGUGUAAAGAAAACCGUUGCUUAAAACAGUUAAGCCCGUUCAUUGAUGAGGCUGGGCUUAUUCGUGUUGGAGGUCGUUUGAUGAAUGCUUCCAUAUCAAACUCCAUGAAGUAUCCCAUCGUAUUACCAUCCGCCAGCCAAGUUACUCGGUUACUGUUCAAAUAUGAACAUAUCAGAUUGCUGCAUGUAGGACCGUUGGCAUUAUUUGUAUCACCAUUCAUGGCACCUCUUCCACGUGAGAGAGUGACCAUCGCAAGACCGUUUGCACGAACUGGUGUAGACUAUUGUGGCCCGGUUAUGGUGCCAAGUGGGUUAAGGAAGGUUACUCCUCUGAAGAGUUACCUGUGCGUGUUCAUUUGUUUGGUAACUAGAGCGAUACAUCUAGAAUUAGUGGCGUCAUUGCCAGCAAAUGAAUCCUUGAGCACCUUAUCCAGCCGAGGCAUUGACUGGCAUUUCAUACCACCGUCAGCACCUCACUUUGGUGGCAUUUGGGAGGCGGCGGUCAAAUCAGCCAAAAAACAUUUGUUGCUUGUUGCCAAAGGCGUUAUGAUGACAUUUUAUGAGACUACCACAUUGCUAUGCCGCAUAGAAGCAGUUUUGAAUUCAUGGCCAUUGACACCACUGUCAAGCGAUCCUUCUAACUUUAAUGCUUUGAAAGCCGGCCAUUUCUUGAUUGGUGGUUCAUUACAGCUCCCACCUGAACCGGCUGAACCAGAUUGUACAGGCAUUCCACAGAACCGUCUGCGUUGA